AUUGACAGCCAGCAACUUGGGGUCCUUUACCCACAGCUAACAAAACAAUCACUUUCCUCCAGUUAAGUUGGUUUCGUAACUUUAACUGCCGUUAUCUAUUACAUAUACAGGCUAGUCUUCUAUAUGACUUACCUAUCUGUUUUCAGAAAACGUUUAAAUAUACAACAAUUAAAUUAGCCGAGCCUGCUACUUCUAGCUAGCUUAUCUGAAUGUGUUAACCAACGUCCCGCUGCUGUGUUCAUCUUUGCAGUUAAGGAGAUGGAUGGUUACCCCGGAGUCACUGACGGCGACUCCACUAAACAUCAAGAAAGACAUUACUACCUGUUAUCUGAACUGCAAACACUAGUCAAAGAUUUACCAAGCUCCUUCCAGCAGCGGCUGUCCUACAGCACGCUGGGUGACCUGGCCCUAGCACUCAUAGACGGGACGGUGUAUGAGAUUGUGCAAGGACUCCUGGAUAUUCAGCAUCUCACAGAGAAAAAUCUGUACAACCAGAGGCAAAAGCUGCACUGUGAACACCAAGCACUCAAACAAGAUCUUGUACGGAAACACAAGGAUGCCAUACAGUCAUGCAAGUCUCACAACCUCACGCUUCUCAAAUCUAACCAACAAGCAGAGCUAGAGUCUCUGGAAAUCCGUGUGCGAGAGGAGCAAAGAAUGAUGGAUAGGAAGAUUGUAGCAGAAAUGGAUCAAAAAGUGAUAGACCAGCAGAACACCUUGGAGAAAGCAGGAGUCCCUGGAUUUUUUAUCACCACUAAUCCUCAGGAGCUGACGAUGCAGAUGAACCUACUCGAAUUGAUCCUCAAGCUUCAACAGAAGGAGUCACAAUCUGGACUCCUUUGACAAGGAGGCCCAAUUCUGCAAUAGCCACUGACUGCAUAUGCUCCCGUUCUAGUAAUUGUGAGAUCCAACAAGUGUCGGUCAACUUGUGGCAUUGAUUGCUUUAACUACGUGUUCAUCACUUGUUGGAAGUGUAAUAUUCACCAUCAAAAGCCAUAGGAGAAGGCUGGUUCUCGAGUGUACAAGUAAGACGUCUGCAGUCUCGGUAGAGAACAGAAGCGGGUUGUGACGACAUAGAUUGUAAAGCACUUAACUGACAUGUCACAGAUUGUGAAACUAGGAAGUUAAUAUGUUGAAAACCUUUGCAGAUACAUUGUUUACAUAUUUAAAGAGCAUUGAGGGAGCGGGCUCUGACAGAAAUUAGAGGAUCAAUAUGUUGCUUACCCGCACAGAGACUGCUGUAACUGGGACUACUUCAUGAAGGCCUCCUGAUACCUUUGACUGAAGUGUCAGGUCCAGUGUGCUGGCACGUCAUUGCUUAUUUAUAUGAACAGUAUUAUAAUACAUUUUCUACUUGUUUUACCCAUAUUUGUGCUACUUUUGCUUUAUUGGGUAUAAUGCUUUUUUUAUCUGUUAAGUUUGCUUUAGUUGUCUGGGCACUAGGGAUGUUAAGUAGAUUUUGAGCUAACACCUUCACAUUUACAUUUAUAUUUCUUUAAAUAUCAGUGUUGGUUUAAGUUUACUGCCCACAUAAAUAAACAAAUAACCAACAAUGAACAAUUUAAUUAAUGAUAGACAUAUGAAGAAAACCAGUUUGGAUGGCAGGAUUGCAUAUUUGUAUGUGUUGAUUUUCCAUUGCAUGAAUAUUUGUUUUCAUAAAACAGAUUAAGUCUC